GGUCAGAGGUUACAGCUAUCUCUUCCGCCAAUGUGGAAACAUGGCCGAUGAUCAGGAUAAGUUCCAUUCAUUGUUAGAAGGGCUUAUGAACCCUGAUAACAAUGUUAGGACAGCUUUCGAGACAACCUAUGAUGGUAUCCCACCUCAAACAAAGAUAACAUUUUUAAUCCAGGCCUCCAGGAACUGUGAUCGUUCCGUUGAGUCUCGGACUCUAGCAGCUGUGUUAAUACGAAGGUUAUUCAGUUCAAGUUUUGAGGAAGUAUGGCCUCAGCUUCCAGAAGAACUCAAAUCAGCAGUGAAAGAGCAGCUGCUGAUGGCUGUCAAGGAGGAGUUAACUCCCCCUGUUCGAAGGAAGAUGUGCGAUGUUGUGGCUGAACUGUCAAGAAACCUGAUUGAUGACGAUGGUAAUAUGACCUGGCCCGAGGCGCUGAAGUUAAUGUUUGACUGGGCAAGUUCUGAUGACCCAGGGCUUAAGGAGAGUGCUCUACACAUCUUUGGGGCCGUACCUGGGAUAUUUGGCAAUCAGCAGAAUCGUUACCUGGACGUGAUCAAACAAAUGUUAGCACAGAGCCUACAAGACCGAGACCACCCACAGGUGCGUUUUGAAGCGUCAGAAGCCACCACAUCUUUCCUGCUGGCUUUCGAGAAAGAGCCGAACGUCCUGAAUCAUUUCCGAGACUUGGUUCCAGGAGUUGUGGAGAUAGUAGCAGAAAGCAUAGCUGCACAAGAAGAUGACACACUGUUGAAGAGUUUGAUCAACUUGGCAGAGAACAUUCCCAAGUUUUUGAGGCCUCAGCUUGAGAAUAUCAUAGGUUUAUGUAUGAAGACAGUGUCCGAUGCAAACCUUGACGACCAAUGGCGACAACUGGCCUUGGAGGUUAUCGUUACGCUGUCAGAGACUGCCCCGGCUAUGGUUCGCAAGUUUGGGAACUUUAUACCCCUGUUAGUCCCUCAGGUGCUGGCGCUCAUGGUAGACCUGGAAGAUGAUCCCGACUGGGCGUUACAAGAUGAGGUGGAAGAGGAAGAUGGUGACAGCAAUGCAAUCUCGGGAGAGAGUGCCCUGGACAGGUUAGCCUGUGGUUUAGGGGGCAAGACCAUGUUACCACACAUCAUAGCCAACAUACCUCAGAUGUUGGUCAACAGUGACUGGCGCUACCGUCACGCAGCGCUCAUGGCCAUCUCUGCCUGUGGGGAAGGAUGCCACGCCCAGAUGGAGCAGAUGUUAGGCAAUGUUCUGGAGGCAGUAUUACCCUAUGUUAAAGAUGAGCACCCCCGAGUGAGAUACGCAGCAUGUAAUGCCCUGGGUCAGCUCUCUACAGACUUUGGCCCGGUGUUUCAGAAGAAAUUCCACGAUAAGGUGGUACCAAGUCUACUGCUGAUCAUGGACGACACAAACCAUCCCCGUGUCCAGGCCCACGGCGCGGCAGCUCUUGUGAACUUCAGUGAGGAGUGUCCCAAGUCUAUACUGGCGAUUUACUUAGAUGCCAUCAUCAACAAACUAGAAGAAGUCCUCACAGCUAAGUUUAAAGAGUUGUUAGAAAAGGGCACAAAGCUGGUGUUAGAACAGGUGGUCACCACACUGGCUUCUGUAGCAGACACAGUGGAGGAAAAAUUCAUAGAUUAUUAUGACAGGUUUAUGCCAUGUCUUAAGUACAUCAUGCAGAACGCUGUUAACACAGAACUGAAACUGCUGAGGGGGAAGACAAUCGAGUGCAUCAGUCUGAUAGGAUUAGCUGUAGGAAAAGAUAAGUUCAUGCAGGACUGUACAGAGGUGAUGCAGUUGUUGGUGAAGACGCAGACUGAUCAGCAAGAGUUAGCCGAGGAUGACCCACAGGUUUCGUACAUGAUCUCGGCCUGGGCAAGGAUGUGCAAGAUACUGGGCUCAGAAUUCCAGCAGUACCUCCCUCUUGUCAUGGGACCUGUCUUACGAGCUGCAUCCAUCAAACCAGAGGUCACGCUUGUCGACUCUGAAGAUGUGAAGACACUGGAGAAUGAUGCAGACUGGCAGUUUGUCACACUGGGAGAACAGCAAAGUUUUGGCAUUCGCACAGCGGGUUUAGAGGAGAAGGCUACUGCGUGUCAGAUGUUGGUGUGCUACGCCCGAGAACUCAAGGAGGCCUUCUCAGAAUAUUCAGAGGAGGUCGUCAAAAUCAUGGUCCCACUUCUCAAAUUCUACUUCCACGAUGAUGUACGGAUAUCUGCAGCAGAGAGUUUACCCCAUCUACUGGAAUGUGCCAAAAUCAAGGGAGAGCAAUAUGUGGUAGACAUGUGGGCUUAUAUCUGUCCACAGCUGCUGAAGGCUCUGGAGAUAGAGCCUGAACAAAAUGUCCUGCCCGAGCAUCUCAACUCUCUGGCGAAGUGUAUAGAGACAUUGGGGAAGGGCUGUUUGUCAGAUGAGUACAUGUCUAGCACAAUACAAAACCUGGACAGAAUUCUGAAGGAGCAUUUUGAGCGCCAGUUAAAGAGACAAGACCAGAGAAAAGAUGAAGAUUAUGAUGAUGUUGUAGAGGAGUCUUUGCUAGACGAGGAUGAUGAAGACACAUACAUUCUGAGUAAAGUGGCUGAUGUGGUACAUUCAUUAUUUGGCACGCACAAGGAGACAUUCUUACCAAUGUUCGAACAACUUCUACCACAUUUCGUUAAAUUAUUGGACCCUAGUCGACCCUGGCCUGACAGACAGUGGGGUUUAUGUAUCUGGGAUGAUGUACUAGAACAUACCGGCCCACAUUCUGUGAAAUACCAGGAGUACUUCCUGCCAAGCCUAAUGACGUACAUCUGUGAUAAGCAAGGGGAGGUAAGGCAGGCUGCUGCAUACGGGAUUGGUGUGAUGGCACAGUUUGGAGGAGAUGCCUACGCCCAGGCCUGUGCGCAGAGUAUUCCAUUACUGUACCAAGUCAUUCAAGAUCCGGAAAGUAAGUCAGUCGAAAAUAUCAAUCCAACAGAGAACGCCAUCUCCGCGGUAACAAAGAUCUGCAAGUACAACCGCAGCCAAGUAGAUGUGGAUAAAAUUAUUCCUGACUGGUUGUCAUGGUUACCAGUAACUGAGGACGAUGAUGAAGCUGUACAUAUCUACAACUUCCUGUGUGAUCUCAUUGAAAUGAAUCAUCCGAUGGUUUUGGGCGAGAACAACCAGAAUUUGCCACGUAUUCUGAGCAUCGUUGGAGAAGUGUUCUUUAAAGAGUCUGUAGAGAAAGAUUCUGAUAUUUAUAAACGUUUGCUGAUGAUUAUUAACCAGGUUAAGACAAAUGCAGAGAUAUUUCAGACGUGUUUGAACCAGAUUUCAGAAGAUCAGCAGGCAGCUCUCACAUCAGCCAUCAUGUGUAGUGAGUAAACCACGGAGAAAUCACGUCCAGCUGUUGGGGAGAUGAUUUUAAAGAUCGGGCCUGGAUUUAAAAAAGCAAUUCAGAAAUUCUUUCUGGACAUUGAAUCCACGAGUUCUCAUAAUGAAGUGUUUUUUUGAACUGUUUAAAGAAACUUUCAUGUGCACUGUUUUCAUUUAUAUAUAUAAAAUGCUGUACUGAAUAUAUUUCUUCUAUUUCAGGAUAGCUUGGAGUAUUAAAAUGUAUAAUGUGGUUGUUACAUGUGAGUCUACAAAAUUUGAGAGAUUUUAUUGCCAUUCGAAACUAGUGAACCCAUUAAUAAAAAUGCCAGUACUUUAUAUAUGUAACGCAUGUGUUAAAUUUAAAUUUAAAAUGUUUAACACAUUAAAUAUACACAACAGGCUUACACUGGUCGUAAAGGCUACAGAAUGUGGAAAAAAGUGGCAGAGGAACAGAGAAUGUCUUGGUGAACAUUGUUUACUGGAGUUUUGCCCGGUUAAUGCAGGUUAUUUUGCACGGAUUUUUGGUGCGUGAAGUUUCUCUGCGCUAAGCUUGUCUUAAAUGCCAGUUAUUUUAACCUGGAGAACUCCUCGGCAGUGUAUAGAUUACACUGUACACAAAAGGCCAGUACAAUACACAAAAGGCCAAUACAGUACAUAUCCAUUCACAGUACACAGAGGCCACUCACAUUACAUAACAGGCUUUCACAGAUCACAAGAGGCUUACACAGUAGACUUAAACAGUUCACAUCAGGUUUAGGCAGUAGGCUUGCAGAGUUCACAACUGGCUUACACAGUACAUAGUAGACAUUCACAUGACACGUCUAGCUUACACAGAUGACAACAGGCUUACACAGUAGACUUAAACAGUUCACAUCAGGUUUAGGCAGUAGGCUUGCAGAGUUCACAACUGGCUUACACAGUAUAUAGUAGACAUUCACAUGACACGUCUAGCUUACACAGAUGACAACAGGCUUACACAGUAGACUUAAACAGUUCACAUCAGGUUUAGGCAGUAGGCUUACGGAGUUCACAACUGGCUUACACAGUACAUAGUAGACAUUCAAAUUACGCGUCUGGCUUACACAGCUUACAACAGGCUUAUAAAGUAGACUAAAACAGUUCAUAUCAGGUUUAGGCAGUAGGCUUGCAGAGGUCACAACUGGCUUACACAGUACACAGUGGAAUUACACAGUACACAGUUGACGUACACAGUAGACUUACACUGUACACAGUACACACUAUACACAGUACAUACUCUACCCAUGUCUCCAUGCUACAUUGUUAGAAAAUCAUAGUUUAGGAUGAUGAUACGCUAAGUAAUUGACGGCUCGAGAUGUUAAUUUUUACUUAAAAGGUUAA